GAUAGAUCAGCCAUGCUUGAAGGAUGGGAUGGACUUGAUGGGCCCAAUGGCCUCAUUCUGCUCCUAUCCCUUAUGGACAUGAAAAUGCCAAAUUGGUCAAUGGAUCGACUGCAGUCCAUAUGUGGGUAGAUUUGACUGGAUAGGAUGCAAACAGGAUAUUUUCACGGCAUCACAGCGCAUGUGAAUAUCAUAAGCCAAUUCCAACAGCGAUGGCGAGAGGAAUCUGCUGUUCUGGAGCCUUGCCAGAGGACAGAGUGCAACACAAAACAAACAACAAGGUUAGUGUAAUAUCCAGGGCCAUGUAAGUCCCUCUGUUACAUGCAAACCACCACAAAAACAAGACUCUAAACUCAACUGAUUAUAGGGACAGUCUCGGAAAAAAACACCCCUUUCAACGGAGACUUUGCAAAUGUACUUAGAUCAGACGCAAAGUGCUGGAGUAACUCAGCGGGCCAGGCAGCAACUCUGGAGAGAAGUAAUGUGUGGCUUUUCGGGUCGAGACUCUCCGUCGGACUUUAGACGUUGCAAGUUGACUUUGUUCCGCCACAGACACGCUUUUUUUUGGCGGAGUUUCACAAGUUUUGCAAACUUACUGUGAGAAGUUUCUAAGCACCCCUCCCACCAGCACUGGAGGUUUUUCGACAAGACCUUACAAGUAAAGUUGAGUGGGAGGAAGGAAGGGAAGGCAGGCACAAAAAGCUGGAGUAACUCAGCGGGACAGACAGCAUCUCUGGAGAGAAGGAACAGGCGACGUUUUGGGUCGAGGUGGUUCUUCUUCGACUGUCUACGAGGAUGGCAGGACUACGCUGGCCCGAUGCUCAGGAGCUCUUGGUACUCCUGCUGGGGUUGUUGCUGGUGUGCUAUCUCAUCAGGGCAAGGAUGUCGAACAAGCUUCCCCCGGGACCUUCUGCCUGGUCGCUGCUUGCAAAUCUCUUCUCUUCUGACCGAAAACCUCCCCAUAUUCAGUUGGAACAGUACAGAAAGAGAUACGGGGACGUUAUGACACUGUACAUAUUGUGGAUGCCAAUUAUACUUCUAAGUGGGUUUCAGACAAUCCAGGAAGCUCUGAUCCAAUACAGCAAAGAAUUUGCUGGCCGACCUAGGACAUGCAUCAAUGAUCUCCUCACCAAAUGUCAAGGCAUCAUUUUUGCACCUUACGGGAGGUCCUGGAAACAGCAGCGAAGAUUCACUCUCACCAUUUUGAGAAGCUUCGGACUGGGGACAAUUGCUUUUGAGGAGAAAAUCCUGGAGGAGGCGAAGUAUUUGAUCGACACGCUCAAGGCAUCAUUGGAAGGUCAAGCAGUGGACCCGCGCCCUGUUAUCACUAGCGCCGUUUCCAAUGUCACGUGCAUGGUCAUCUUCGGCAGACGCUUCCACUAUGAAGACAAGACCUUCAUACACUUGGUCGGGCUGUACGACGAGAUGCUGAGACUACAAUCAGGGUUCUGGAUGAGGAUCUGCUCUGUAUUUCCCAUCAUCCUCUAUCUCCCUGGGCCGCAGCGGAGGAUCUUUGAAAACCAGGCCGCCAUUUUGACCAUCCUUCGGGGCUUCAUUGAGCAGCAUCGAGAGACUUUGAGCGGUGAAACCAUUCGGGACUUCAUUGACGCCUAUCUCCUGGAGAUGGAAAAGGAGCGGGAUGGAUCCCCCGACUCGAUGCUGACAGAGGGAAACCUGCUGUACGAUAUUCACGACCUCUUCUUGGGUGGGACUGAGACCACCACCACCACACUGUAUUGGGGGCUCCUCUACAUGAUGGCUUAUCCUGACAUACAAGUGAAGUGUCAGAAGGAGAUCGAUGAAGUGAUCGGCCGUUCGCGCCGCCCGUCUAUGGAGGACGGUUCCGACAUGCCGUACGUCAGCGCAGUUAUCCACGAGGUCCAGCGAUACGCAAACAUACUUCCCGUGUCAGUUGCCCGGGCCAUGACGCAAGACACCACAUUUAUGGGGCACACAAUCAAAAAGGACACCCUGGUUUUGAUAAACCUAUACUCAGCCUUGACUGACGAGGGCCAAUGGAAGCAUCCACACCAGUUCAACCCGGAGAAUUUUUUGAACGAUAGCGGGGAAUUCUUCAAGCCAGACGCAUUCAUUCCGUUCUCAAUGGGUAUCCGCGCUUGCCUUGGGGAACGUUUGGCCAAAAUGGAGCUCUUCCUCUUGUUCACCUCGCUCCUGCAGCACUUGGAGUUUCACUGGCCCCACGCAACCACCCCUCCCAACCUGGAAGGCCUAUACAAAAUCAUGGUGGAGCCCCAACCAUACGAGAUGCUGGUCAGACGCAGGGAGACCGUGGGCGACCUGUGACCUCCGCUAACGAGGGGGGAGGG